CCUGGGCUACAGAGUGAGUUCCAGGACAGCCAGGGCUGCACAGAGAAACCCUGUCUUGAAAAACAACAACAAUAAUAACUGAAGUCUCUGUAAAACUCCAGAAUCUCUUUAAAAAUUCAGCCUCUCAAUCGUGGGCUUCUGUAAAAUCAAAUGAAAUUAAACUCUUGUUCCAAGAGGAAAGAACCAGGUCCCAGUCACAGCCGGAACAAGUUAAAAGCAAACUGCAAUAGUGUGACUAACUCACGGUUCAGUGUCUGGGACUCCCCACCUCCUGGGCUCCUCCAGGGGCCCAGGUCACUUCUCCAGCUCCGCCCUCUGCAGCCCACACGGCUCGUCUUCCAGGCCCCGACUCCACCACCGCGCUGUUCUUGCUGGUGAACCUCAGAUUCUUUGUGUGACCCCUUCAGUCCGGGGCCUUCGGCUGCACCUUCACCGAAGGCCUUUCCCGGCCCCUCACAGUGUCGAGGCUCAGCUGCUCUCCACGACCCCUUCAGGCCUUCACAACCGGGACCACCUGGGUGACACACAUUACCAAGUCCAGCUGCCAGUGUGAGGUGCAGCCUGGGCCACCUCUGGAACACAGCCCCUGUGUGCUCGCUCGCUCUGGAAACACUCUCCAGAAGAUUCCCGCUCGCUGGGACUGACGUCCUGUUAAUCACUGCUGAUUCUUCAGCUCCAGCCGGCCCCCAGGGGUCUUGGCUUCCCUCUGAACCUCCCAAGCCAGGCUCUCUGCACCCUCUCUGGUGUCUGUGAGAGCGUCCUCCUAGUUCUCUGGUGGUGAGCACCCCGUGGUUUCCCCAGCCCCCCGAGAACGUGGCCAGGUCUGCCUCGGCAACGCCCCACCAGCCUGGUACCAAUUUCUAUCUCAGUCAAGGUUACUAAGUAAGGAAACAUCGGAACAAAAGCAGCAGGGAAAGGAAGCCUUUGCUUCAGCUUAGGGCUUCACAUCACCGCCCCUCAUUGAAAGCAGCCAGGGCCCCGGAGCAGGAGCUGAUGCAGGCCCUGGAGGGAGCUGCUGACUGCUUGUUCCCAUGUCUCAGCCUGCUUUCUUACGGAACCCAGGACCACAGCGCAGGGGUGGCCCCGUCCACAGUGGGCGGGACUCUCCUCUAUCAAUCACUAUUUAAGAAAAUGUCCUCCAGGCUUGCCUACAGCUCUUAUGGAGGCAUUGUCCCAGUUGAGGCCCCGUCCCCUCCAAUGACUUUAGCUUGUGUCAAGUUGACAUGAAACUGCCCAGGGCAGCAGGUGUCCACUACCUGUCCCUUGGAGCCACUCCAAAGACCUCCGCCUGUCCCCAGGACCACACCCCUUCAGUAGGCCCAGCCUGCUAGUUGUCACCUGCCACCCUUCAGGCAGCUUCCAAGCCAGGCCCAGUUUUUGAGUCUUAGAUGUGCUCACCGUGGUGGUAGCCUUCAACUUCUCAGGGGGCCCCAUGAACAAGCCCCCGGGAACCCUCUGCUGGGACCCCAGUUUUCACUGAUUCAGAACUCACAGCCGACACCAUGGAAUGUUGGUGUCACGGGCCGGCGUCAUCUCCUGCUCCCACCCGCGUUCUCUGACCUCAAUGUCCCUGGUGGCCAGGGAUUCUCUAAGCUACCCCUCGUGGGUCGAGCACACAUUGGCAUGCAGGUGGCUCUCGGGUCCGUCCCUGGCAGAAGCCCUCCCAGCACGUGGAAGGUGAAGGCAGGAAUCCGGUGAUAGUUCCGGUGAGCCUCCUCUGCGGAGCAAACAGUGAAAUCACAUCCCCGGCUCCCCGGAGGGCUUCCUGGUCCUCCUGGUUGGACAGCUGGGUAGACAUCGAUCGAGGUACUGGGACCCUGCGGAAGAUCAGGGGCUGAGAGGUGGCCCUGUUCCCGCAUCUGCUGCACUUGCAUAGGCCAGGAGGGUUGAUUCUCCGCACCCACAGGGUGAUUCACAAUCUGUCUUCAGUGACUCAGCCAGGCGCCCUCUGCUGGCCUCUGCAGGCACCAGCCACACAAGUGGUAAUGCAGGCAAAAUACCCAUAUUCAUAAGACAAAAUUAGAAACACAACAACUCACCGUAGCCCAGGCUAGCCUAGAACUCACAGUCUUCCAGCCUCCGCCUCCAGAAUAGCUGGGAUAGCCAGACCUGCACCACCAUUCCUGGCCGUAAGAACUUUCACUUGCCUAGGUUUUGUGGGUUCUAACUGUGAAUAUGGAGAUGAGCAGGGGAGUUGAGAGCCCCGUUGGCGAAAGCGACUGCUGUACAAGUGUGAGGACCCGAGUUCGAAUCCUCAGCACCCAUCUACAGUGUCAGGCAUGAUGGCACACACCCAUGCCGCUGGCACUGGGGGCAGACACUGUCCAGGCCAUCUGCACCCAGCCAUCCUCGGCUUCCCCCCUCCCAGCUGCUGGGGCCAGCCACGCCAUGCAGUCCACCCCUGGAACCCAGAGCACCGCCAGCCGGGCCCUGGCCCCUGCCACCCAGCCGCCUGCACCCGGAGGAGGAGUCCCCGUGGGGUAUGGCUGCCCCCAGCCCCGCACCAGCCAGGACUCCACAUCCAACAGCCAGGGCCCUGUGCCCGUGGCCACCGCUGCAUCCACCCACCAGGAGGACGGUCACAGCUGCCGAGAGUCUAAGGGGACCAGGAGCCGCGUGGACACACUGCAGCAGCCAGACGCAGCCUCGCUCUGCCGGCCAGGCCCAAGCUCCCAGCGCUCCGACCGCCCACCGAAGCCCCAGCGGGGCCCGCAGAAGCAGCAGGCGUCCCCGACGGCUGCCCUGGGCUCGGACUCCUGGGGUGGCCCAGGCCUCGGGCCCUGGGACCCCAGCUUUACCAGCGAUGCGCUGCCCUUCCUGGACAGGCUGCCGAAGCCCCCGGCGGGCCCCAGGCCGCCCUCCAUGCACUACUGCGAGGUCUGCAGGGUCAGCUGCGCGGGGCCACAGACCUAUCGGGACCACCUGGAAGGACAGAAGCACCGGAAGAAGCAGGCGGCUCAGAGGACGGGGACACAGCCCAGCGGAGGACCGAGAGGGGCCCAGAGCCUGCACUGCGGCCUCUGCGCCGUGUCCUGCACCGGGGCCGACGCCUACGCUGCCCACAUGAGGGGAGCCAGGCACCAGAAGGUUUUCAAGCUGCACACCAGGCUGGGGAAGCCAAUCCCCUCCGAGCCCGCGCCCCGCAGUGUCGUCUACACCCGAGGUGCGGACACCUCGGAGACCUCAGUCAAGCAGGAAGCUCACACCAGUCACAGCUCACACACCUCAGGCCGGCCAGCACCAGCCAAAGGGUCAGCAGCCUCCCGAAAGGGGCCGCCUGAGCUGCAGACAGCGCACAGCCGACCUGGAGAAAAGCGACCAUCACACCCCAAGGCGGAGGCCACCAGGGGAGGCCCUGGGGAAGCUUCGGGGACCUAUGGGGACGUUGAGCCAGUGGGCACGGAGUACGUGGAAGAGGUGUGCAGUGAAGAGGGGAAGGUGAUCCGCUUCCGAUGCAAGCUCUGCGAGUGCAGCUUCAAUGACCGCAACGCCAGGGACAUGCACCUGACUGGACGCAGGCACCGGCUGCAGUACAGGAAGAAAGUGGACCCUACACUUCCGGUGGCCGCCCGGCCCAGCGGCCCCAUGCAGAGGGUGCUGGUCAAGCGGCUGCAGAGGCAGCGGCAGCUGGCGCAGGAGAGACUGGAGGACGCCCGGCGCUGGACCUCCGAGCUAAGCCGUGUGUCCCCAUCUGGCCACCGCAGACAGCAGGAAGAACAGAGCAGGCAGCCUGAGGAGCCGUCACAGCCCCAGGAGGAGGAGCAGCCACCCAUGUUCCCUGCCUGGGCCCUGCCAGCUCCCAUUGCCAAGCCAGGGAUGGCCACCGCCCGGCGCCAGUCGGGGCGCCGGCCAGAGAGCAGUGACGACCGGCAUGUCAUGUGCAAGCACGCCUCCAUCUACCCCACCGAGGAGGAGCUGCAGGCCAUCCAGACGGCAGUGUCCCACACAGAGCGUGCCCUCAGACUGGUGUCGGACACGCUGGCCGAGGAGAGCGACCAGCAUGGCACCCUGGCACCUCCCCAACCACGGAUGCUCAAGGGUGUGGUGCGGGUUGGCAUCCUGGCCAAGGGCCUGGUCCUGCGUGGGGACCACAGUGUGCAGCUGACCUUGCUGUGCUCCAGGAAGCCCACACACUCCCUGCUGCAGAGGAUAAAGCAGGAGCUGCCCCGAGAGCUGUCGAUAGUGGCAGAAGAAAAGUAUGAGGUCUCAUCUGACCACGAUGCCAACAUCGUUAUCUCGGCCUGUGUGGAGCCCGGGGUGAAGGUCACCGUGUCUGCCACCUCGCCUCUGAUGCGCGAAGACCCCUCUGUAAAACGAGGACUGCAGGACUCUCUGUCCGACCCGGAGGACGUCCUGGAUCGGGAGAGGUGCCUCGAGACCCUGGCAGCCCUCCGCCACGCCAAGUGGUUCCAGGCCCGCGCCAGCGGCCUGCAACCGUGUGUGAUUGUCAUCCGGGUCCUGCGAGAGCUGUGCCGCUGCCUGCCCCCCUGGGGGGCCCUGCCCGCCUGGGCCAUGGAGCUGCUGGUGGAGAAGGUGCUGAGCAGUGCACCCCGGCCCUUGAGCCCCGGGGACGCUAUGCGGAGGGUCCUGGAGUACGUGGCCACAGGCGCGCUCCUGGCAGAUGGCCCGGGGCUACAGGACCCCUGUGAGAAAGGCCCACAGGACGCCCUGGAGCCCAUGACCCCACAGCAGCGAGAAGACCUGACCGCCAGUGCACAGAUGGCAGGCCUGGCUGGCACACACCGGGCCACCCCGGCACACCCUGACAGAACCCCGCUGUCCACAGCGCGCCCUGCGUCUCGUGGCUUUCCGGCAGAUACACAAGGUCCUUCGCAUGGAACAGUUACCUCCACGGACCAGAUUUGGGGCCCGGGCACGGAAGAGGAUGAGGGAGGCCAGUCAGGCCCAGGAGGGCCCUGGGGAGAAGAAGCGUGGCCGGCAGGGCACAGCGGGGCUGCCAUGAGCCAGCCAUCACCCCAGGUCUGAACUGGCGCGGGCCCUCCGGCUGCUGGUUCCUCCUGAUGUGGGACACCUUUGCCAUUGGGUCUGUAGGUUCAUUCACAAUGCUGUGGUGACCCCCAUGCCCAUGGCUCUGCCACCCCCACCUCCACCCCCAGCCAGGUAGCAGCGACCUCCACUCCUUGUUACUAACCCCCCUGACGUCAUAUGAAGCAGGUGAGAUCUGAAUCGCUUCCUUGAAAUGCCAGGAAGGGUGGCCUGGAAGAUUCUAAAGUCACGGAGUGGGAGUGGAGAGCACAGAACGUGAUUCCCCAGACCCCAAACCCACCCACAUCCUUCACACAGCCCUUACUGCACCCCAGCUGUGAGGACACAGACGGCCCUGGGACACGGUCACCCCGCGGUGGAUCCCCAGUCACUGAGUGCCUUCUGCUAGCCCCAGGUUAUCCUGCGGACCACUGGGUGUGGGCACCCCCGAACCCCCAGUACCACCCAAGGCUUCAACCCUGCUCCAUUCUGCCUGUGGCUUUAAAGACCAGCUCGCACAUGGCGCAGCGCCUGGAGUCUGUAGAAUCAUCCAGAACUUGGCCAGAAUGGGAAUAAAGCGGAUCUGCCUGUG